UUGAAGAAGGUCAGGAGUACCUCACGAGACGAACUGGAGGACCAUUCACUCCGACUCCCGGUCCCACUUUCUCUUUUUUUUCUCUUUUCGUCCCCCUCCGAGGAAGCUUCCACUUGGAUCACUUGCCCUAACCCCUCCGGCAGAGGGCCUCUUUGAUUGAAAAUUUUCCAUCGUCAAAAGGGCCGCGGGGUUUCUCUUUUCUCAACUUGGGCUAGCCCUCUUUCUCCCCACCUUCUACCAGGACCAGUCCUCAUCCCCACCUCCUCAGACAACUCCCUCCUCCUCCUUCGCCUUACUCUGAGAGCAUCGCGACAACUCUCCCGGUCAUUGUUCAACAAUAGAACCUCAAGUCCAGCAGCACCGGGACCAGGCCAACACUGCAGAAAUGGCUAUCAUCCAGUCCCUCCUCAACCUGACUAACUUCGCCAGUCCGCUCGAGCGGACUGUCGUCCCCUGCAUCAUGGUCGCUUACGCGAUUCAGAUUGCUGUGGCCAUCCCCUCGAUCAUCUACAAGUCUGAUCGUUUUUUUGACGCCUCGGGACUGUCUACUUUCCUCAUCGUCAACAUUCUGAGCUUGUACCUGCCUGCCAUCAGGGCCAAGUAUGGUGGGGACAACCUUGGCCAAGUUGCGGAUGCCAUCAAAGAGGGCGUCGAAACGGUUACCGGAACCGAGCCCGGAUGGGGAAGCCUCUUUAUGGCACCCUUCAAGAGAUGUAACAUUGUCGAGGAUGUCGCCGCUGGCACCCCUCUCGCAGUUGACUACAACUGGAGACAGCUUGCUCUGAGCGGCGCUGUUACUGUUUGGGCUGUGAGAUUGGGAAUCUACCUCUUCUGCCGCAUUCUCCGCGAAGGCCACGACCACCGCUUCAACGAGAUCCGCAUCAACCCGCGCCGCUACCUCAGGGCCUUUAUUGGCCAGGCUACCUGGAUCAUCUUUUGCAUGCUGCCCGUUAUUGCCGUCAACUCGAUCCCUUCCGGCGUUCCUUCUGUCCAAGAUGUCAAGCCUACGGACUUUUCCGGAUUUGGCUUGUGGGUUUUCGGCUUCGUGGUGGAAGUCGUCGCCGAUUACCAGAAGAGCAAGUGGCAGAAGGAGAAGCGGGAUAAGGUCCACGAUGAGCAGUUCCUUACCAGUGGCUUGUGGUCCCAAUGUCAAUUCCCAAACUACUUCGGCGAGUCGAUGCUCUGGGUAGGCAUUACUACCGUUACCUUCGGGGUUCUUUUUUUUGACGACGUUCGGGAGGCUCUGGCUGCCGCCGAUUCCUCCCCCAUGAGUGUCCUUUCGGUCAUUUUUUUCUGCACAAUCGGCCCUGCGUUUGUCACCUUUUUGAUGCUGAAGGUCACGGGCGUGCCGUAUGCCGAGAGGAAGUAUGACAAGCUGUAUGGCGAUGACAAGAAGUACCAGAAGUGGAAGAGGGAGACACCCAAGUUCAUCCCUAGUCUAUCGGCAGCCAUUCUAUCUAGGUAUCUUUGAGACAUGAUAUGGUUGGCAGCUC